AUGUUUUUGAUCCUCCUGUUACUCAUAGAAUGUGUGAGUAGCGUCAGAUUGCGUCAUUUGGGAUUCCAGAGCCCAGAUGUGGUCGUGAUUGGCGGAGGUCACAGCGGCUGCGAGGCUGCUGCGGCUUCUGCUAGGAUAGGAGCCAAUACUUUGCUCAUUACUCCGAAAAUAUCCACAAUAGGUGAAAUGUCAUGUAAUCCUUCCAUCGGAGGCAUUGGAAAGGGAAACAUUGUCUGCGAAGUCGACGCUUUGGAUGGCAUAAUGGGCGUUGCAGCGGAUGAGGGCGGGAUUCUCUUCCGUUUGCUCAAUAGGAGCAAAGGACCUGCUGUGCGAGGUCCCAGAGCGCAACAGGACCGCGAUGUAUACGCAACGGCAGUGAGGAACCUCCUGGCAAAGUACGAGAACCUCGAGAUUCUGGAGGAGAUGGUCCAGGAUGUCAUCAUUUCCAACGACUCUGCAGACAAGAGAAUCCGCGGAGUUAAACUCUCGAAUGGGAAGGAAAUUGAGGCAAAGUCUGUGGUCAUAACUACCGGCACUUUUCUCAGAGGCAAGUGUCAUGUCUCGACCAAGAGUGUGCCUGGCGGUCGAUUUGAUAGAGCCGAAAACGAGUAUGAGCCUCCAUCGAAUGGUUUGUGCGAGACUUUUAAGCGUCUCUUGGUUAAAACUGGGAGGUUCAAGACCGGAACACCUGCACGACUGGCUCUGGACUCUAUAAACUUUGACAUUUUGGAGGUACAAGAGAGUGAUGAGGAACCAGUUUCCUUUUCAUAUCUAAAUGCAAAAACGGGUCCACCUAUUUCUCAUGGACUGAUAAAGUGCUACAAGACAAGGACUAAUGAGGACGUUCACAGGAUUGUGAGAAAUAAUUUGGACAAGUUGCCAAACUAUGAGAGUGGAUUGGGUCCUAGGUAUUGUCCUUCAAUUGCUACAAAAAUUCAACGAUUUCCCUCUGUUAAAUCGCAUAUUAUAUGGCUGGAACCUGAGGGUGUGAAUAGCAAGAUUGUUUAUCCGAAUGGAAUUUCUGGAGCCUUUCCUCCAGACGUUCAGCUAAAAAUGCUCCGGUGUAUCAAAGGUUUGGAGGAGGUCAGGAUUCUCACACCUGCUUACGAUGUCGAAUAUGACUAUGUCGAUCCGCGAAGUCUCUAUCACACACUAGAAUUAAAGGGAGUUCGAGGGUUAUUUUUGGCUGGUCAAAUCUGCGGUACCACAGGUUAUGAGGAGGCAGCCGGUUUAGGGAUAGUUGCAGGAGCAAAUGCAGCCCUUGCAGCACUCUCAAAAGAUUCCUUAAUUUUUAACCGUUCCGAUGGUUACAUUGGUGUCCUAAUCGACGAUUUGGUACGAAAGGGUACCAGUGAACCUUAUAGAAUGUUUACUUCCAGAGCUGAAAACCGUCUUUCUCUGAGAAUUGACAAUGCUGACUUGAGAAUGAUGAAAAAGGGUAUAUCUUGCGGUUUGAUAAGAAACCCAGAACGUAUCGCACUAGCCAAGGAAAAGUAUAUUCAUGCGCAAGCAGUUGCAAAUCGGCUAAGGUGGGUGAUUACAUUUCUCAUUAUAGCUCCUAGAUUAACGUGCAUGUCAAUGGACAAAUGGAUGGGAAACGGACAUGUAGAGGGUAAAAAUGGCUGGGAAUUUCUCAAUAGGACUGGAAUCACACUCAAGUUUGCCGAGGAACAGAUCGCAAAGAACGCUUUGGAAAAAUUGGCAACUACUAUCGCAAAUAUUUAUAAAGAUAGGGAUGAAUCGGUGGAAACCCAAGGGGACGAUUUAGAGCUGGAGGGGAUAAAGACCAUAUUUCCAAACUUGGACGCAUACCUUGACAAGUCUCUGGAAAUCACACUCUCAAUUCCAGAAAUUAGUCCAAAGUAUAUCGCAGACUUUGUCGAGGCUCUCUCUAAAUACAAGCCGUUUAUUCACAAGAAUAACAAAAAGUUUGAGAGAGCCGCCAUGGGCCGUGAAAUUGCCAUUAGACCAGAUAUCCAGUAUACAAGGGAGAACUUUCCAUUUCUAUCGCUGGAGGAGGUUGAAGUGCUGUCAAGGGAACGCCCAGCAACAAUAAGGGAGGCUCUAGACAUACCAGGAGUCACUCCAACCUCUGCCCUGAGACUCGCAACAUUUAUCAUCAAACACUAG